AUGCAGGCUAGUCGUACAGUAAUGUUGGCAAUCAUAUAUCACCAUUUAAAAGCUAACGAUGUUCUUGAAGGCAAAAGGCUAUUCAAGGGGAUUGGUCCUCUCGGGGUCCAGGAAUAUGACGAGCUUAGAAAUCUUGGCCAUAUUGCUGCACUGUUGGGUCCUCCUCCAAAGGCUCUCCUAGAAAAAGGAGCAAGAGCUGUAAUUGAUUGCGAAACUAAUGGACAAUUUGAAGGCACGAAUGUUCCAUCAUUGAAGUUCAACUCUGCAGAUUCAAUAUGCUACAUCCGCAAUGAUGAUAAGAGGAUGUUCGUCGAUUUCGUACAAAGAAUGAUAAAAUGGAACCCAGGCGAGCGAAGCACUGCAAUGGAAUGA